GAUUUGAAAUAUUGUAUGAAAUUAAGCAGUAUCAACGGCUUAAUUAACACAUCUGCUAACUGCUUAUGGAAGGGAACGAAUCUACACUGAAGGAGUUUGGCUUGGUGUUGAAUGCGAACAUAGUCACAAUCGACUUCAAUGUGUUUGAUGCGUUCAUAGAACACAGAAUUGGAAAUGGAAAUAAUACGCAUAACAAUUUUAAACCUGGGAACAAUUCAAAGCAGUCUGCUUCAAGCAAUCUGCAAAUAUACUGGCAACAAUGGAAUGGAGCCACUUAGCUGAUCUUCUCCCAGAUCGAGUUGUGUUUGUGACUGAAAUUUUCUCCCAAAGAAGAAAGAAAAUGAAACCUUGAGUUUUACUAUAUCAUGAUAUCAAUGAAACAAGAUGCUGAUGAGUGAUGAAUCUAAUUGGGUAAAUAUUUCUUGCUUUAAGAGAACUAAAUUAGUUGAGUUGGGCCUGUAUUUUUGGCACAUCCCAAUUUUAAUCUCCAUCAUUAAUUCUCAAUAACCGAGCGCGCUGUUAGCUGCAUUCCGUGAUUCAAAAACUUCUCUAUUAUGCUUAGAAAACGAGCGACUACACUGCUGUGUAGACAUCGCUCUCGUCUUUGCUCUUCACUUCACUACUCAAAAUUCUCUACUGCGAAAGCCCGAAAAAGUGACAGCUUUCUUAUUUACUGCAACACACAGAUCACUUUUAAUGGAAGAAACGGAAAUAUCAAAGAAGCUGAGUCAAUAUUCAAUCGCAUGCCCCGCAAAAGUACUGUUUCCUGGACAGCAAUGCUCACGGUUUACGGGCAAAAUGGCCUAAUUGAAAAGGCACAGAAACUGUUCGAUGAAAUUCCUCAAAGAAACACCGCUUCGUAUAAUGCGAUGAUCACGGCUUACAUUAACAACAAUUGUGACGUAGAUAAAGCAUAUGAGUUGUUUGAGAGGAUGCCGCACCGUAAUGAGGUGUCUUACGCGGCCAUGGUUACGGGCUUUGUUAAGAGUGGGAUGUUUGAUAGGGCGGAGGUGUUGUACUUUAGUUUGCCAGUUAAGUGGCGUGACCCGGUUUGUUCAAAUGCAUUGAUUAGUGGGUAUUUGAGGACGGGAAGAUUUGAAGAGGCUCUUAGGAUUUUUGAGGGUAUGGUGGUGAGGGGUGUGGUUUCUUGGAGCCUAAUUGUUGAUGGGUACUGUAAGAAGGGAAAGGUUGUUGAGGCUAGAGAGGUUUUUGAUAAAAUGCCAGAAAGAAAUGUGGUUACUUGGACUACAAUGAUUAAUGGAUAUAUGAAAAGUGAAUGUUUUAAAGAGGGGUUUGGCUUGUUUUUGAGUAUGAGAAAAGGAGUUGUGAUGGUCAAUUCUACUACAUUGACUAUAAUGUUUGAGGCUUGUGGUAAUUUUUGUAGAUAUUGGGAGGGAAUGCAGGUGCAUGCGUUAGUUUUGCAUUUGGGGUUUGAUUUUGAUGUCUUUCUAGGAAAUUCUAUUAUCAUAAUGUAUUGUAGAUUUGGUUUUGUUCAUGAGGCUGAUAAAAUGUUUUGGUUAAUUAAUAAGAAAGAUGUGAUUUCUUGGAAUGCUUUAAUUUCAGGUUAUGUGCACAAUAAUGAAAUUGAAGAGGCUUAUAGACUUUUUGAGAUUAUGCCAGGAAAGGAUAUGGCUUCUUGGACGAUUAUGAUUGCUGGAUUUUCUAACAAAGGGAAUGUUGAGAGAUCCAUUGAGUUGUUCAGAAGGAUGCCACAGCAAGAUGAUAUAGUUUGGACUGCUGUCAUUUCUGGUUUUCUUAAUAAUGGGGAGUAUGAGGAGGCUUUCCACUGGUUCAUUGAAAUGCUUCAAAAAGGAAUAAGGCCAAACCAGAUGACUUUCAGUGCCGUCCUCAGUGCUUCAGCUAGUUUGGCGACAUUAAAUCAAGGGUCGCAGAUUCAUGCUCAUGUUGUAAAAAUGGAUAUGGAAUUUGAUUUAUCCAUUCAAAAUACCUUAGUUUCAUUGUAUUCAAAGUGUGGGGGUUUGACUGAUGCAUAUAGGAUCUUUACAAAUAUUAAGGCACCAAAUAUUGUUUCUUAUAACACAAUGAUUACUGGCUUUGCACAGAAUGGCUUCGGGGAUGAAGCUCUUAAGUUGUUUAGGAAGAUGGAAAAUGAAGGGCUAGAGCCAAAUAAAGUCACUUUCCUUGGUGUGCUGUCAGCUUGUGCACAUGUAGGAUUAGUAGAUGAUGGAUUAAACUGUUUUAAAUCUAUGAAAUCUUUAUAUAAUAUUGAGCCAGAACCUGACCACUAUGCAUGCAUGGUUGAUAUCCUUGGUCGAGCUGGAUCACUUGAUGAUGCUAUUGAUUUGAUCCAUUCAAUGCCUGUUAAACCACAUGCCGGGGUCUGGGGUGCUCUUCUUGGUGCUAGCAGAAUGCAUUUACAUCUUGAUUUUGCAGAGCUUGCAGCACGACACCUUAUUGAGUUGCAGCCUGAUAGUGCAACCCCUUAUGUGGUCUUGUCUAGCAUAUAUUCUAUCUUGGGAAAAACAAAGGAUAUGAACCAAGUAAGAGUGGCCAAGAAAUCAAAAGGGAUAAAGAAGAGUCCAGGUUGCAGCUGGAUUAUUGUGAAAGACAAAGUUCAUUUGUUUCUUGCUGGAGAAAAAUGCCACAUGAACUUGGAGGAGAUUGAAGAUAUACUACGGACAAUUUCAAAGGAAAUUUGGGAGUUGGAUUGUCCUAGGCAUGACUGGUUUCCUUUGAUCAAUGUGUCAUAAAAUUUGUUAGGUCUUUGCCAUCAUUUUUUUUUUCUUGGUAAAUAUCUAUAGAAGCCAUCCAACUCAAUCAUUGGAUGGAAGGAGUUCUUCAAUGGAAAGUCAUGCCCUUCUAAGGUUUUGCCUUCUCAAUUCAUUUUGAUGUAUAAAAGAUUGUGUACAAGAGAAUUCCUUAGUUCAGAGAAAUGGUUUUUGGUUUAUUUAUAAGUUUAAUUUAAUGGUUUAUUUAUAAGUUUAAUUUAAGCUGCCAGUGAGGAUGUGAUGUUAUAUACAGAUCAAAUUCCAAAUUGCAGGGAUUUUUGGGCCA